AUCAAUGUUGAUUAUGUUAUGGCUGACGAAGUUAGUCACUCAGCUUGUGUAUUCUCCUGAUGUAAAGCGCUCUCGCUUGCUGAUCACACAUUAUGGAGUUACCGGGUCUUUUGUCUGUGAUAUUUCUUCACGUUUUCAUUCCAGUAUGGGCCACGAAGGACGCAGCACGACAAUGUCCAGAGCUGGUGCAGGAGACUGGUUAUUUCACGGCAGUGCACAGCAACACUUGCUACAUGUUCGUGAACAAGGAGGAGUACUGGACGGCUGCAUCCUCCCACUGUCAGGGGAUGGGGGGGGUGAACCUCAUCACCAUCAUGAACGGCGGCGUCAUGAACUUUAUUAAGUCAACGCUCAGCUCCCAUAAACUUGGCUGGAACAAUAAGGGAGUGUGGAUCGGAGCCCAGUACUACGAGGAUAGGGGAUGGGUAUGGACUACUGGGGAGAAGGUGUCAUAUUCAUAUUGGGCCAGAGACGAGCCUAGCAAGACGUUACUUUGGUCCAUCGAGAACUGUGCCUUGAUGAGGAGGGAGGACGGCUGGCACUGGCACGACUACCACUGCGGCGCCUUAAAGUUCCACUACUACUACAUAUGCCAGUUCCCGACAAUAGCCGUGACCACGUCCACAACAGAGCUACCUGUAAUAAUCGUUAAGCAAGUUGAUCUUCGUCUCAUGAAACAUCAUAGUCUAGAAGCCAUUGCCCACUCCUACCAAGGCAACGGUCAUCUCGCCCACACAGCAUCCUCUGGACAACAUGAAGACAAUGGAAACAUGUCGAUUCUGUUGACUGUGAUUGGGUUUGCUGGCCUCGUCAUCUUUGCAAUGCUGCUGAUCUUCUUCAUCUACAGGAAGAGGCAACGAGACAAGCACAACGGUGAGGAGAUGGUUGUGAGAUUCGACAACCAGGCGUAUGGACGCGUCAAUCAGAACGAACAGGGCUAUGCAACAGUAGGGGAAAACAAUGAGUCCAAUGGCCGACGCCCAGUCAGCAGCAUGUACAUGUCCCCCGAUGAGGUCAACACUCUGUAUGAGGAGGUCAACAAGGAGGUCAACCAUGGUGUUAACACUUUCAGGAAGGACACAAACUGCCUUGCAGGUCAGCCACCUCCGCCACCACCUCCCAGGUCUGAUUCCGCCUCUGUAGCUUCUAUCUGUGAAGGUGCCACAUCAGGAAUCGCGAGUAGUGAUGACGUCUCCACAUCGCAAGAAGAAGAACCCUAUAUUGAGCCUUUGAUUGGAGCUGCCUCCAAGGAGGAGAGUGACUUAAAGGGAUGUAACCUGUAUGUGGACAUGAAGGGGGGUUCUAAGUCUUCUGUUCAUGAUGUUCCCCCCGAGAAGAUGAAGCAGCUGAUGGAAGAACACACCUACACGAACACUUCCGAGAUUAAUUCUGACACAGAGAAUCACUACGAGGACCUCCCGCCUCGACUUUGAAGUGUCAAAGGUGUGAGGACUGUGACAUGGAGAAAACAGGCUAUGAUGUUGCUUGACCGAGAGAGAAAUAUGUGUGUAUUAUGACUCUCCUCAGUGGUAGACGGUCAUCAGAAGAACUGGUCAUGAAAGUCAAUCCACUUGCACAGUGUUAAACAACAUUUACCUUUGCUGUGAUGUCAUUUUUAAGACUUUCCAUCCAUGAAUAUUCAAGCAUGAAUAGAAUUGAUGCAGAUGUUCACUCAAGCUUUGAUAUCUGGAAAUCUGCAUGGACAAUCAAAACCAGUUCUCUGUGGUAGACAGGUGCCCAGUAAAUCCACCCUCAGCGCCACCUAUGAUCUCUGUGCCCUGACUCGGAGAUCAUUCACCAGGGAAGCAGCUAGAACAAUCUGGGUGUGCCAACAUUACCAACAUGGCUGCUCUUCAACACCGGGCUCUCUAUCUUGGGCCCUGAUGCUAAUUUAACACUGUGAAACAAUAACUCUGCUCUCAACCAAA